AAUGAUCUGUUUGACAUGCUAAAAACAAGUCUGCAAUAAAAAAUAUAUAAAAAAAAUAGAAUUUCUAUAUAUAAAAAAAAAAAUUAUACGUCAUAUACACUCAUUUUUGUAGAGUGCAAUUGACAAGUCCUCUAGAGGUUAUAGUCAUUUAUUUAUAUAAAUAAAAAUAUAUAUAUAUGUGCGUAGUUGUGUUCUUCCAACUUCCAAUAAGUUUCAAACUCUUUAUUUUGAGUACUUUUUUCUGAAAUUGUGAUGGCAUUUUUCAAUUUAAAAAGGAAUCUUGUGGUGUGCGCACCCAUAGAGUAUGGAAGCUUGGACCAAAUGGUGGCCUCCAUGAAUGAGGCUAAAGCAGAAGGAGCUGACCUUGUGGAGCUUCCCAUAUCUUUUUCUUCUAACAUUUCUCAACUUGACAAACUCAUCAAACAACGAACUCUCCCUGCUAUUCUCUCCUUUAGGACCGGUGGCAAUAGUGGCUCCAAGAAAACUUCUUUGCAAGUGUUGAAAAUGGCUCUUCAAUCAGAUGUAGAAUUCGUAGAAAUGGAGUACGAGGUGGCUUCUGAUAUAGCUAUGGCCGAACACAAACCUUUAAACAGCCAAAUAAUUGUAUCAAGCUAUGUAAAUGGUAGCAAACCCUCAUCAGAAAAACUUAGCAAUCUUAUUGCUUGUAUGCAAUCCACUGGGGCUGAUGUUAUCAAACUAAUAGUUGAAGUGCAUAACAUCAUAGAUGUAGCUCCAAUUUUCCAUAUGCUUACUCAUUGUCAGGUGCCAUUAAUUGCUACUGCAGUGGGAAGCAGAGGUCUUAUAAGCCAACUUUUGGCACCUAAGUUUGGUGGAUUUUUAGUGUAUGGUUAUCUAAAAAGCCACCCUAUUCCUGGCUUACCAACUUUGGUUAGCCUUAAACAAACUUAUGAGCUUGAACAUGUAAAUGAGUACACAAAAAUCUUUGGCCUUAUUUCAAAUCCUGUUGGUCAUAGUAAAGGUCCUAUUCUACACAACCCUGCUCUGAGACAUAUUAGAUACAAUGGAAUUUAUGUUCCCAUGAUGGUUGAUAAUGUCAAUGAAUUCUUUCAAACGUACACAAGCAUGGACUUUGCUGGUUUCAGUGUUGGCAUACCACAUAAAGAAGAAGUGGUAAAAUGUUGUGAUGAAGUUCAUCCACUGGCUAAGUCCAUAGGAGCUGUAAAUACCAUAGUAAGAAGGCCAAGUGAUGGAAAGUUGAUUGGUUACAAUACAGAUUCUGAGGCUUGUAUUACUGCCAUAGAGGAUGCACUAAGAGAAAGAGAAGUUGCCAAUGGGGUUGUACCACAUGCUUCUUCUCCAAUUUCUGGGAAACUUUUUGUGCUGGUGGGAGCAGGAGGAGCAGGAAGAGCAUUAGCUUUUGGAGCAAAAGACAGAGGUGCCCGGGUUGUAAUAUUUAACCGAAAUUACGAGAGAGCAAAAGCUCUUGCAUUGGCAGUUUCAGGAGAAGCUCUACCGUCUGAGGUUUUAGACAGCUUCUGCCCCGAAAAAGGAAUGAUAUUUGCAAAUGCCUCUUCUAUUGGAAUGGAACCAUACACAAAUGAAAGUCCUAUUUCAAAGGCGGCAUUGGGAGCUUAUGACUUGGUUUUUGAUGCUGUUUACACUCCGAAAAAUACAAGGCUUUUGCAAGAGGCUGCUGAGGUUGGGGCCGUUGUGGUGAGUGGAGUUGAGAUGUUCAUCAGACAAGCCAUUGGUCAGUUCAGCUUAUUUACUGGAGGUCCAGCUCCAGAAGAUGUCAUGCGUAAGCUGGUUCAAGAACAAUUUUGAGUAUUGUAAGAGGUCCUUCUGAGACUACUGCCUUAAAGUAACCGCACAUAAUUAAGCAAGUUAAGAGAUUAUGUGGGGGCGAAAAUAUGUACAUAAAUUUGUGUGAAUUGUAAUUAAAAUCAAAUAAAUUAAACGUGCUGUGAUAUCCUUAACAUUUCUCAAAGCUAAAACACUGAAAUAUACUUUCAUUCCACCUGAUUUGAUGUGGGGAAUUUAAAAUCCAAACUCUUGAAA